AUAAAUUGGAUUAAUCCAACCCUCCUCUGUUUCAUUCCCAUUUUCUUACUCGAACGUUCUUAAUAUCAGAAAAAUCUUCCGUCAUGCCGAAUAUUAAAAUUAUUUCAAUGUUAGUAUUUAUUGCCUGUGUGGCUCAAGGAGCAGCAACAGACCUCACCUUGCUGCCAAAUUUUACUGGAUCCGACGUGGUUUUAGCUGUGACCAGGAAAAUUUACAAGUCUGCAGUGUUUGAAGAUGACUUUUUUCUUGGUCACAGGGUGGCCCUGGUCGCGUCUCAAUUUGGGACCGUUCCCACGCUACCACCUUCCACGUUUAGAGGAAUUUGGCAGCUGUCACGUGAGCAGUUUAACGAAACCAAGACGAAUCCUGGGCUGACCCUGUUGAGGGAUCGCGUCCGAGAACACUGGCCCCAAGAAAUUGGGGAAUGGGAUCUCGUCACGUGGGAACACCUCGAUAUUUCUCUCCACAGUGGUGUAGCCUUCCAGCUCUUUAUCAACACUUUAAGGGAAUUUCCUGUAGAGACCCCAUUCUUUGCUUCUCUGUUGGUAGACCAAGCACAGUUUUAUCAGGAGCAUGUCAAUCCCUUUGUAAACGCGACAGAUUUCGUGGAAACCGUAUCAACAUACGAAUCUUCAAAACUAUUCAAGUGUAGCUCGCCUGCGGACUUGGUUUUCGUUCAAGACGCCUCGUGUUCUGUUUAUCCUUCCAAUUUUACUGACGCCAUCACAUACUUUUCCGACGUAUUAGGGUUAUUCAACUUUGACCAGUUGCGAGUUGGCCACGUCGUGUAUAGCAAUGACGUUGUCGUCAAUUUUGAGCUGGACAACGAGUUUUCGACAGAGGAGGAGCUGAGGGAAGCAUUAUUGAAUGCCACAAGACCGGCACAUCAGUAUACGUUUACUGGAGCUGGCAUAUCUUCCGCUUUUCAAAUGUUUUCGUCCGCCUCGCAACGGGAAGGAGGCGUUCCUCAAAUUCUGCUUUCCUACACGGAUGGAUCCACAAUUGACCUCCUGGAUGAAGUUACCAACAAGACCUUAGCAGCUGGAGUGGAAACCAUUACUGUCGCAACUGCAUUUGGCUGGACGGAUUCACAGCUUUUAGCAGUCGCACAUAACAAACCUGGUCGAGUACUAAAAAAUGGGUACACAUACUCCCUCUCGACCGAAUUCCUCUACCGUUCCAACCUAGAAUUUUGCUCCAUACCGACAAGUCCACCAUUAGGCUAUAGUCUGACCAGUGUGGUGCUAAACGAUGAACGACGCUACUUUCACUACAAGGUCAAUAAUAAUAGCGAGACGAUGCUGAACAUAAGAAUUGGGCUGGUCCGAGGGAGCAUUCGGGGAUUGUACUCUUGGGGGAAAAACGAAACUCCGGAUUGGGUGGUGCACGAUGGAGAAAUCAUUGUAGAAGUUGGCAAACAAACCAGUGUGACGCUUAAUCUUGAGCAUGACCAUAAUUAUCAGGAAGAAAAUCAUCUGUUUGUGGGGGUUAUGGGAUUUUCAACAAUCAGCGAAUUCAAUAUUGUUGUAAAUACAUUGAAAAAUAAAUAGCUAAUGAAAAAUGCAUAAGAAGGAAUCCUAACAAAAUACGAUUUUGUAAUAUAUAAUAAACGUUUCGUUUUUUUGC